AUGCCGCUUGAACCAUUGAAACUAACUGCCCCUGCUGCUGGAGUUGGAGUUGGUCGUGAUCCAGCCCUUCUCCUCUCUCCAUCCGAAUAUGAUGCCGAUGCCGUUUCUAUCCGCAGCGACCAAGAUACCGAUAGCGAAGAUGACGAACGUCAGCUGCGUGCUCGCAACAGCCGCGAACUUCUUGCCCACGACAGGCUAGUCCUGAUGGAGGAAGAGGAACUAGAUCAACUAGUGAUCGAGGCCCGGAGAGAGCAGGCCCGCGAGCGUCGGGGUUCUGGCUUGCCCAUCCCGAACCCUUUAAGGUUGCUGACCAGACGCUUGAGUGAUGCCUCGACAGUGAGGAACCGCUCGCGAAGCCCAUCUGCACAACCACCUGCCCCCAGCAUCCAUGACUCAGCAGAAGAUCUGCGCCUCGAAAAGAGAAGGGCUAGGCGAGCAAGACGGAAAGCUAAGAGGGACAGAUUGUUUGCUGAUGCGCGGCAUGGAGAGGAUGGCGAGUUGAUGUACGAGAUGGAGGAGGGCGGGAUGAAGGAGGGCAGUGAGACAGGCUCCAGCAGCGACCGUGAAGACAGCGACGAACUAGACAGGCGGAACUUGCUGCAUCGCGCUGAUUUGAAAGCAAGGCGAUCCUGCAGGUGCCGGGCUUGGGCGCUUGUUUACGCCAUUAUCGGGGUUGCUUUCUCCAUCCUGGUUCUUGUCGCAUGGAAGCUCUCAACUGGAACUAAGAGCUCACGACUAUCUCAGAACUUGGUCAGCAACGGCACUGCCUUGUUUGCUCCCACCACCAUUCUCAUCAGCCUCGAUGGGUUUCGUGCAGAUUUCCUGCAGAGAGGCUUAACACCGAACCUUGAUGCUUUAGUCAAGUCUGGGGUUUCGCCGCCAUAUAUGCUGCCAUCGUUCCCCAGCGUCACCUUCCCGAAUCAUCACACAAUUGCCACAGGGCUUUAUCCAGAAUCUCAUGGAAUUGUGGGAAAUACCUUCUGGGAUCCUGUCUUGCAAGCGGAGUUCUAUUACACAGACCCUGCUCGGAGUCGCGAUCCCAAGUGGUGGAAAGGAGAGCCAUUCUGGGUAACGGCACAAAAGCAAGGACUGAAAACCGCCAUACAUAUGUGGCAGGGCAGCCAGUCGCACAUCCAGGGUGUCGAACCGACAUAUGUGGACCCGUAUAACGGCAGAAUGGAUCUCUUAGCCAAGGCCGACAGGAUUUUGGAAUUCUUGGACAAGCCUGAUCCCGAUCGACCACAAAUUGUGGCAGCAUAUGUGCCAAAUGUUGAUUCAGAUGGGCACAAGUAUGGUCCGAACAGCACUGAGAUACGAUCCACCCUUCGAAAGGUGGACAAAAUGUUUGAACGGCUCCUCUUCGGACUAGACCAGCGGAAUCUGACUAAUAUAGUCAACAUCAUUGUGGUAUCUGACCAUGGGAUGGCGACCACUGAUGUGUCCCGGUUAAUACAGCUCGAAGACAUUGUCGACUUGAGCAAAUUUGACCACAUCGAUGGAUGGCCGCUGAUCGGCCUGCGGCCCAAGAACCCUAAUGAGCUCCAAGCUAUCUACAACCAGGUGAUCCAGAAAACAAAGGAUAACCCAAAUCUUGAUGUCUACCUUCGGGACGUCAACAUGCCGGAACGCUACCAUUUUUCACAUAAUGAACGAAUUGCACCACUAUGGAUCAUACCCAAAGCCGGCUGGGCCCUUGUCAAGAUGGACGAAAUGAAUGUAAAAGAGGCACAAGCUAAAGGUGAAACCUACCAUCCGCGUGGCCUGCACGGUUAUGACCAUGAACAUCCCUUAAUGAGGGCAAUUUUCAUUGCUCGUGGCCCGGCUUUCCCGCAUCCCCCUAACAGUCGACUCAACCCUUUCCAAAACAUUGAGGUUUACAAUCUGCUGUGUGACUCUGUCGGUAUUGUCCCAGCUCCAAACAACGGCACACUGCGCCUUCCCCUAAGGCCUGUUGGCUUGCACAGCGAUCCAGAUGCAGCCAAGCCCGAAACACCAUCAGAUCCGCCCGCAACAACUCGCUCAGCCUCGAACUCCCCACCUUCCGUCUCACCCACUCAUGUACCAACAACAACGAAAACUAUACUCGUCAAUCCAGUUGUGUCAGAUUCUCCGCAAUCACUCACGCACCCUAUUACUACUAUUAAGUCGGUAGGGGUAGACCCGCCAAUACCAGAACCGACCAGCUCUCAACCUCAAGAAGGCGGUGAGACGAACAGCAGCGGUGAUGGCAAGUCAUUUGUCAACAAGGUCGAAUCAUCCGUCAAGGAUUUUUGGGACUGGUUUACAGGUAAAGUCAGCUCGUGGUGGGACAAAGUCACCGGUCCGGCUGAUCAGGGAAGAAGUAAUAGCUCGGGGGCCGAGCCCUCGCAAGACGGGAAGAGUCGUGAAUAA